UACCUAUAGAUUUAGUCGUAUUGGCUAUUUUUCGACGUGUCUGCUAGAAUGGAAGACUACGCCCCAAGUCGAUAUAAAAUGCUGGAAAAGAUUGGAGAAGGAGUGCAUGGAUAUGUAUUCAAAGCGAUCGAUCUGCAACGGCAAAAGCAUGUAGCUAUUAAGAAAAUUGCUUUGAAAAAUAAAUUCGGAAACAUUUCACUGAACACUUUACGGGAAAUUAAAACUUUGCAGUUGUGCCAGUCCAAAUAUAUAGUAUCGAUCAUUGAUAUAUAUCCAGACUUAACCGGACUAGCCUUGGUAUUAGAAUAUAUGCCGGAAACUUUAUACGGAAAAUUGAGGAACGAAGUAAAUCCUCUAAAUAGACAGCAAAUUCGGCAAUAUACACAAAUGAUGCUUAAGGGGAUCGAAUAUCUGCAUAGCAUAGGCAUAAUGCAUAGGGAUAUAAAACCGGCCAAUCUACUCAUAAGUGAAGACGAAUCUCUAAAAAUUGCUGAUUUCGGUUUGGCGCGGUUAUAUUUUCAAAAAGAAGAAAAUAAGUUAUAUUCACCUCAAGUUUCGACGCGUUGGUAUAGAGCACCAGAAAUACUUUGGGGAAGUCAAAAGUAUAGUCCCGCUGUGGACAUGUGGGCUGCCGGCUGUGUUUUUGCAGAAAUGCUGAGAGGAGUUCCAUUAUUUUCCGGUUCGACUGAUAUCGAACAACUGGCGCUUGUAAUAAGAACAUUGGGUAGUCCAAGACUCAAUGAGUGGCCGGAGCUUACGUCUUUACCUGACUACAACAAAAUACGCUUUCCAAAUGCAAUAGGAGUUCACUGGGAUAACCUAUUUCCUAGCUGUACGCAAGCGGUUGAAAUCAACUUGGUUUCGAAUCUGGUUGUUUACAACCCGAAGAAUCGGCUGACUGCCUCUGAGGCAUUAAAUCACGAUUAUUUCCAGUAGCAAGAUACAUGCUUCCAGUCGAAGAAUUUGCCCAGUGUUAACGCAAUUCUGUCGGCUUUGCCAUCGGAUUCUCCUUGCCGCAAUGAGAAGAGAGUGGUCGAAAUACGUACUCGAUUGCAAAGAGCCUAACAUGAUGGACCAAAUGUCUAAUGGAAAGUUUGACCAAGGGCAAUGUCCAGAACAUACGCAUGUGUGCACCUAAAUUACACAAAUUCUUAUCCUGUUGAAUAAUAACAGCAACGAAACCAGUACUGAAGAUGAAGCCGGAGCUCAAGGCGGUGACGAAGGAAUCGAUGUCGCACCGCGCAUUUAUGACGAGGUACGAAUAGCAAAUUCGCGUCAGAAAAACAACAAAACUGGUGGAUCUGACGGCCUGCCUGCUAACAGAUCUGGGGUUAAGGGUUUACUUUUAGUUUUCUUCUGCGUGCUCAAUAAUUUUGCGUUACCUGAUACAAGGAGUGGUCUCGUUUACAAAGUCAUCUAAAAUUGUAGAAAACUAUCACAGCGUUUGCGUUCCUUCCCAAAUCCAAAGUAGGGAAAUUGAGAGAACAACAUGACAUUAUGCCGAUUAUGGGCACUGCCUUGCCCCCGGGCAAAGCUCUUUUAA